AUGGCAGAUAGUUUGAAUGGGAGCACAUUCAACAAGCCUGUUUAUCAACCGUCAGUCCAAUUGGAAAUGAACUUUGCUGCCCCAGCGACUGCGCGAACUCCGGCGCUUGAGCUGGGUAUGAGCUCCAAGCAAGCACACGUUACAGAAGGCGGCCCAGUCCUGUCUUUGCCGUUGAGCCGAAAACGAGUUCCGACCGUUGCCAGCUGCCACCUCGCUCGAGAGGAGCGUGCAACGUCUGCAGGCUCGACAAAGUCUACCUCCUCAAAAGACUCUAACGUGCAAUUCUGUCUUUGCCAGCCAGAUCCAAAGAUACCACGUCCCAGGAAUGCUUUCAUCUUGUUCAGACAACAUUUUCAAUCUGCUGUUGUUGCCCAAAAUCCGGGUCUUGCGAACCCUGAUAUUUCCAAAAUAAUUGGCGAAAAAUGGAGAACUCUCCCGAACGAAUCCAAACAAGAAUGGAAAAAUCUUGCGGAAGAGGAAAAAGCAAGGCACCAGCAGCAGUAUCCCGAUUAUCGAUAUCAACCGCGACGUUAUGGACGAAAGGGAAGCAGCGCUGGCAACACCAGUUCGGGAAUUAGCAACAACCCUACUGGUGCAUCUGUCUGCAGUAGGUGUGGUGGGAGAGUUAUGAACCCUCCAUCGACUCCUACAGCUUCUUUUGGCCCGCCUUUGCAGACUCAGGACGACUCUUCCGUCCAGCCACAGGCCAGCCAGAAAACGGAUAGCAGUGUCAAUAGUCGUUUUGUAAGAAAAGAAGCCAGAUCGGCGAGCCCAAUCCAAUCGAAUUCUAUUUUCGAAUGGGGAAGCGCGUUUCAACCGCAAUACCAUGACGACAACGCCCGACUCUCCCCGGGAACUAAACGCCGGCGCUGCGAAUUCUUCCCUCCCCGGCGGGACUUGGAUCCGGGGAAUGGGUAUUCUUCGCGGAGCAUGUCGUUUUCGCGACCAGACUUGCUGCAGCAGAGGAAUCCCUAUGUGAUGGAGCCCCAGCGACCGUACGGAAUGAGAAGCUACUCAGAACCUGAUCACGACGCAAGCCUAACUUUGCCACCAUUGCAGACACUAUCUGCUUCUCAGCGGAAUCGCCAAAAUGAAGUUGAGGCCAUGGUCAUGACGAUUCCAUUCGUCAAUAAAAUCAAAAUGUUAUCGAAAAUCUCACCCCCUUUCACAACAACAAGACCCGCACGGGAGAGGCACGGCGCUGUGAUUGCAGUCGAGGGCCAGGCCUCGGAGUCCGUCCGGUGCGUUGUGCGAUACUUACAGAGCGUGCUUUCGUCCAAAGAUGGACAGAUUGUUCGCGUCUUUGAUGGACCAAAUCUGGACUCGUCAAAGUCCCCAAGCAUGGCUGAGGACAUGCGUGAUGCCACGGUGCAAUACUUGGAAACCAUAUCAGCGUGGCACAAAAUCUCCGAAGAGAUCAUGCAUUUCAUCAAUGACUCUCGUGCAGUGGGAAUAAAUCAGCUUGAACAUGGCAAGCUUUCAGCUGAACUGUCUCCAAAAUCGCUUGCACCUCGCCCGAACAUGGCAACACAGGAUUUGGACGGUGCAGUUCCCAUUUCGCCAGACUCGGCUUUUCGGAUAGCUCUGGUCCCCCGAUACCAGCUCAGCACCGCCGAUGCGCACGCAUGCGCAACACCCAUCAAUGACUCGUACGCUCCGAUUGAUCACUGGCAGUGGAUGGCGUCCCUUUGGCGGGGCUGUGUCGGUCCUGAUGUCACAGUGUACGUACAAGACUGCGAGCAUGAAGAGUUGAUCAAGUUUGGAGAAGGGAAUCCUGUGGAGAACCGCCUGGACGAUGCUCGAACACUGGCAGUAAGACGCCUUGCUGAGUCUGCGAACUCGAUUGAGGAGAAGGCGCUUAGAAGGAUUGGAUUUGAGGUGGAUGAGUUCUUGAGGAGAUGA